AUGGCGGAACACCUGCAAGUGAUCUCGUCUGAGCUAGAGAUUAUAAAGCGGGAUUUUGAAAAGAGGAAUUCAGAGCAAAGAAAGAAGAUAGAACAAUUAGAGGAGGAAAAGAUGCAAUUAGGAUUAGAUGUUGAUGUCCAGAAAUUAGAAGCCGAGAAAUUAGAGGAGGAAAAGAAGUUGUUGCGCUUGUCAAUGAGGACUUUGCUGGCUAGAGGACUUGAAAAAGGGAAGAGCACUGUGGUCAACUCAGGGGAUGAUAAUGAAGACCCUACUUACCCCUUAGGUUUUACCCCGAUAAAUGCCCAGGCACAACCAGAUGUGUACCCACGAAGGGUACCCAUUACAAUCAGACCUCAACAAUAUCAAACCGGUACCUCGGUGCCAAUAAACUACCAAAAAGGCUUAGGUUCCAAUCUGGGGGAUAAUCCAUCCAAUCCUAUUGUUCAUGAUCUAGACAAUAUGGCAGAAAUGGAAAAAAAACACGGUAAAACUGCCAAAAAACUUGAAGAUCAGUGCAGGUUGUUAGAAGAAAAAUUCAGAGCAAUGGAGAAUGCUGAUUACCAUUGUGGGGUUGAUGCUAAUGAUUUGAGUUUGGUCCCAGAUUUAGUGCUCCAACCGAAGUUCAAAACUCCAGAGUUUGAAAAGUAUAAUGGGACUAGUUGUCUUGAAACCCAUAUCACGAUGUUCUGUCGAAAGAUGACAGGAUACGUCAAUAAUGACCAAUUAUUUAUCCACUGCUUCCAAGAUAGUCUGAUUAGGCCAGCUGCCAAGUGGUACAACCAGUUGAGCCGUGCCAAAAUCAACUCAUGGAAAGACUUGGCACAGGCUUUUAUGAAGUAA